AGAGGUCGUUCGCACGCGCAGUGUGGAGUGUUUACUUACGCCGGUCUAGUCCGGGGGUAGGGCGGUGUUACACGUGGUCUCCCCUGUACCGAGUUCGUCGACGAUGUAACUACCCUGAGUGAAUUUGAGACAGGCCUUAAGGGUGAGAAUGUGGGUCCCAGUGGCGGGGCUUCCUCCGCUGCUCGCGCUCUCAGCCUUGACCCGCGGUGGGCGCUUUUGCAUUUUGAGGUUCGGAGCCGCGAGGCGGAAGGACGUCCUGGCUGGGAACCGCCGUGGCUUGUCUGACAUCCACCCGCAGCUCUUGUCCAAUGUGGGUUUCGGGAAAUCGUCUUCGCGUGUGUACAGGUGCCGCUCAGAGAUCAAGCGGUACAUAACCAGUCCGAGACUGGCUGAGACCUUGGUGCAGAUUCUGCAGGGAAAAGGAGACGCUUCCCAGCUAAUCCUGGAGUGCAAUCCAGGUCCUGGGAUCCUGACGCAAGCAUUGCUUGAAAGUGGUGCCAAAGUGAUUGCCCUUGAAAGUGACAAAACUUUUAUUCCACAACUGGAGUCCCUAGGGAAAAAUCUGGGUGGAAAACUGGAAGUGGUCUACUGUGACUUCUUUAAACUGGAUCCUAGAAGUCGUGGAAUAGUAACUCCUCCUGUUAUGACUUCAGAGACGCUUUUUCAGAAUUUGGGAAUAGAAGCACUUUCUUGGUCAAAAGGUAGCCCUUUUAAAGUAAUUGGAAUCUUACCAACUAAAAGUGAGAGAAAUACACUUUGGAAAAUUUUUCAUGACCUGUAUUCCUGUACUUCCAUAUAUAAAUAUGGACGAAUAGAACUAAAUCUGUUUAUUACUGAAAAGGAAUGCCAGAAACUACUAGCAAAUCCCCGAACUCCAAACUUGUAUCAAGCAUUGAGUGUGCUCUGUCAAAUAGCUUGUGGGAUUAAGGUUCUGAAUAAGUUGCCUUGGUCAUCAUUUGAGACGUACACCACAAAUGGGCAGCUAGAAAAGCAAAAGCAUAGGGAAUUAGUAGAACAAAACAUGUGUUUAAUUCAGUUGACUCCUCACAGAGAUUUAUUUACAGGAAACUUAACACCUUUUAACUAUGACGUAUUUUUUCACAUGUUAAGGCAGUGUUUUAUGAAGCGCAAUGCCAAGCUAGUAGACCAUUUACAUUCAUUGAGUCCAAUUGAUGCACUGCAUAUAUUGAAGCAAAUUAAAAAAAAUAAAAAUGUAAAAGUAAUAGAUAUGUACCCUCAAGACUUUCACUGCCUUUUCGAAACUAUAGAGUGUUCCGAAGAGGAUACCUGUAAGUGGCUAUAUGAUGACUUCAUGGAAGAUGUAAUCCUAUAGGGAAGUGGACUGCCAAGACUUUAACACUUGUUUAUUUAUUUGGAAAUUAUGACGCAAAUGAAAAAGAACUGAGUUUGAGAAGCUCACAUCCUUUCAACAGACAAUGAAAUUUUUUAUUUUGCACAACUAGGCAGAUCAUUUCUUCUGCAGUUGAUAUCAUUAUUGGAUAAAACAAUAGCUGCUAUUUUGUUCAAACUGAAUAAAAUGAAACUUCAGUUAAUUGUGGAUUUGAUAAAAUCAUAUUUAUUUUGUUUUAAAUUCCUGUCUAAAUAUACUGGUGGCUGUAGAGUAUUACCAGAUAAAAUUUAGUUUUAAAAAUUCGUUUUGCAAAUAUCUUACAUUGUAUUAAUUUAAAUAUUCCACUCUCACUGUUAAUUUCUGUAUCCUUCUGGGGGCAGAAAAGUUUAUACAUUAUUAAAUUUUCAGUUUGUUGAAAUGUAUUAUCAAGUACUGUACAAUGAAAUUAUUUAAAUUUUAAUAUGGUUUUAAACUUUUUAGAAAUUAAAGUAUUUUAAGUAA